CCCUGUUGCGUGAGCAGAGCCUUCCUGCAGCAGCAGCAGAGAAAACACAUUCCUGCUGGACGACGGAGACAGAAACAUUAAAGCUCCUUUCACUCAGGCUCAGAGGAGAUGGCUGAGAGGAAAGCCGUCUUGUUCAACUUCUGGGGAGUUGCUGUCUCUUCCAGCCCUCGUGAUGUUUUCCGCAGGUUGGAGGAGUUGCAUCACCUGCCUGGUGGUUUUCUGUCCGCCGUGGCGUCCCGAAGGGACAGCGCCAUGAGCCGGGCGGAGAGAGGUGAGGUGACCCUGUCUCAGAUGAUCGCAGCCUUUGAGGCGGAGUGUGUGAAGGAGGCCCAGGUCAGGGGUGUGACUCUGCCGUCCGAUUGGUCAGUCAGAGGCCUGCUGGAGGAGCUCAGGGAGGCGAUGAUGGACGUCCAACCAGCCGUGCUGAAGGCAGCCGCCGGUCUGCGUCACCGUGGGUUACUGACGGCCGUGCUGGCCAAUCACUGGCUAGAUGACAGCGCGGCUGGAGACGGUCCAGCCCGCCUUCUGUCUCUGCUGGGCGGCCAUUUUGACCAGGUCCUCCAGUCCUGCCGCUCGGGUCACAGGGUCCCCGAGUCCUCCGCGUUCAGCUCUGCUCUGCGGCACCUGGGAGUGACAUCGCAGCAGGCUCUGUGGUUGGACGCAGAUGAGGAAGGUGUGAAGGCAGCAGAGGGAGCGGGGAUGAAGGCCGUCUUGGUGGAAAAUCUGGCCGACGCUCUGGACAAACUGGCCGACUUCACUGGAGUUCAGCUGUUGUUCUACUCCACGUUUCUCGGGAACCGCUGCCCCCCAUCAUGACAGAAUUUGCGUCUUUAAGGUAAAGAAAAGAGAAAUGAGGCUUUAGUGCAUAGAAGCUGGAACCGGCGGGUGAUGCAGGAGCAGCAGCUGGUGCCAGAGGAAAGGUCAUGUUGCUGCCUGAAUCAGUCAG